AUGGGUCACCCUCCUCAGUCUAGCGGCUCGAGCCGACAACGUUGCUACGCAUAUCCACCACCAGCAAAAGGCAUCAGCAGAUGUUGGGCAUGGAUCCCAGACUCGUGGGCAUGUCGAUUGUUCCUUCUGAUCACGCUGGCAGAGGCAUCGAUCAACAUUGCCAUCGAAAGUGUUCUCUUUGCCCGAUAUCAGUACCAUCGCAAGACGCAUGCUACAGCCGAUGACGACUCCAAGUCAAGAGCAUUGCCUGUCUUUGUCAUUGUCUUCUCCCUCGCCCACAUUUAUCAAUUCUUACUCGCUGUCGACGCGGUGAUCAACCGAAACACCAUCCUUGUGAUUGGCUCGAUCAUCUUCAACGCCUGCUUCCUCGUCUACUCUCUCAUCCAGAUCUCGGAAAUCCGAUCGGUGCUCGGCGACGGUGUUGCCGAAGGUUCAUCACAGACUGUACCUGUGCAGGUACUGACAGGCGCCAUUCCAAUCGUGAUUGCCGUCGCAGAGAUCUCGUUUGUCAUCCUUGGAUGGAAGCUGUGGAAGGAGUUUGGAUGGCAAAUCUACAAGAAGAUCGGUGCUGACCGAAGUCUCAAACGUGGCUACCUCCAUUACCAGAUCUACGUUGCUCUCCUCAAAUUCGACUUUUUCAUCUUCAUCGCCUACUGCAUCCAGCUGGUUCUGGUAGUAAAGCAGAUUGGCUCGGCAGAACGAUGGAUCACGAUCAUUUCGGCACCCUUUUCUCUCCUCAUUCUCAUCUUUGCAUGGUACUCGGUGCGUAAGGAACUCAAGUACGGCAUGCUGGCUUUCCUGGUUGGAUUGACGGGAGCGAUGGUGUACUUUGUCUACAAACUCUUCCGCAUCUGGCAGCUCAAAGAUACGCUGUACAAAGAGGUGUACAAGAGUUUGACCGUGUUCUCGACACUGUCCAUGUUGCUGCUGCUUAUCACAGCGGUGAUGACGGUGCAAUGCAUGCUCAACUUUGACCGAGGACUCAAGCAUGCCAUCGCUCGCACCCGAAAGGAUCGUGCAGCGGCAUCAGCAGGCGGCGAUAACGGGUACAUUGUGGGCUAUGAUGGCAAGGCGUUGACACCUCUUGGAGAUGGUAGCACGAGCGUACUACAUUUGCAGCCAAGAUUGAGCUUGGAUUGA